AUAUUGGGAAACAACGGAAGUGAGAGAGAGAGAGAGGUAGAGAGAGAGCGAGAGAAGGGGCGGUCUCUGCGCCGCUGCAGAUCCGGAAUUAGAAGGUGUUCGCUCGGCUCGGCUCGGCUCGCUCGUUCGGCGGAUCUCCGGUUCCACUCAGGGAGAGGCGAGAAGGACUGAAAACGGGGGUUUCGUGUUUUUUUAAAAAGGGGGACGAGAGAGAAAGGGAAGGAAGGAAGACAGGGAGCCGGGUGGGACUGAGAGUGUCGAGCGAGGGGAGGGGACGCCGAACCGGGGGCAAGAAAAAGAAAGAAAGAAAUAAAAAAGUAUAAAGGACAAGGAGGAGAAGAUGCCUCUGGCUCAGCUGGCGGAUCCCUGGCAGAAGAUGCACCUGGGGGGGACGACUGGAGAGGAUGCACAUCACGAUCCGGAGGACUCUGUGGGCGAUGACGACUUGAUGCCUGACUGCACCGAUGACGUGCCGAUCCAGGAGAUCAGCAUCACGCAUCACGUGAAGGAGGGAUCAGAGAAGGCCGACCCGCGACAGUUCGAGCUCCGCAAAGUCCUUGGACAAGGAUCCUUUGGCAAGGUGUUUCUGGUGAGGAAGGUCACGGGGCCGGACGCCGGUCAGCUGUACGCCAUGAAAGUCCUGAAGAAGGCGACACUGAAAGUCCGUGACCGGGUGAGGACAAAGAUGGAGAGAGACAUCCUGGUGGAGGUCAACCAUCCCUUCAUCGUCAAACUGCACUACGCGUUUCAGACGGAGGGGAAGCUCUACCUGAUCCUGGACUUCCUCAGAGGAGGAGAUCUCUUCACUCGUCUCUCCAAGGAGGUGAUGUUCACCGAGGAGGACGUGAAGUUUUACCUGGCGGAGCUCGCGCUGGCCCUCGAUCACCUUCACGGCCUGGGCAUCAUCUACAGAGACCUCAAGCCAGAGAACAUCCUGCUCGAUGAGGAGGGACACAUCAAGCUGACCGACUUCGGCCUCAGCAAGGAGUCCGUGGACCACGAGAACAAGGCCUACUCCUUCUGCGGCACGGUGGAGUACAUGGCCCCCGAGGUGGUGAACCGGCGAGGACACACGCACAGCGCCGACUGGUGGUCGUACGGCGUGCUCAUGUUCGAGAUGCUGACGGGAACGCUGCCGUUUCAAGGCAAAGACCGGAAAGAGACGAUGACCAUGAUCCUCAAGGCCAAGCUGGGAAUGCCACAGUUUUUGAGUUCGGAAGCUCAGAGUCUCCUCAGGAACCUUUUCAAGCGCAACCCUUCCAACAGAUUAGGAGCUGGACCGGACAGCGUGGAGGAGAUCAAGAGGCAUCAUUUCUUCAGCACCAUCGACUGGAACAAACUCUUCCGCAGAGAGAUUCCUCCUCCCUUCAAACCGGCUUCAGGACGACCUGACGACACUUUCUAUUUUGAUCCAGAGUUCACGGCGAAAACACCCAGAGACUCUCCGGGGGUUCCUCCCAGUGCCAACGCCCAUCAGCUGUUCAGAGGGUUCAGUUUCGUGGCCAUAACAGAAGAGGACACGCAACCGAUACCCAGCACUAUUGUACAGCAGCUCCACCGGAGCACCUCCCAGUUCUCGGACGCCUACGAGAUCAAAGAGGACAUCGGCGUCGGCUCGUACUCCAUCUGCAAGCGCGCCGUGCACAAAGGGACCGGCAUGGAGUACGCGGUCAAGAUCAUCAGCAAGUCAAAGAAAGACCCGACGGAGGAGGUGGAGAUCCUGCUGAGAUACGGACAACACCCCAACAUCAUCACCCUCAAGGACGUUUACGACGACGGCCGCUCGGUGUUCCUGGUGACGGAGCUGAUGAAAGGGGGCGAGCUGCUCGACAAAAUCCUGCGGCAGAAGUUUUUCUCCGAGCGAGAAGCCAGCGCCGUCCUCUACACCAUCACCAAGACGGUGGAGUACCUGCACGUCCAGGGGGUGGUGCACAGAGACCUGAAGCCCAGCAACAUCCUGUACGUGGACGAGAGCGGGAACGCCGAGUCCAUCCGGAUCUGCGACUUUGGUUUCGCCAAACAGCUGCGAGCGGAGAACGGUCUGCUCAUGACGCCGUGCUACACCGCCAACUUCGUGGCGCCCGAGGUGUUGAAGAAGCAGGGCUACGACGCGGCAUGUGACAUCUGGAGUCUGGGAGUCCUGCUCUACACCAUGCUCACAGGUUUCACUCCCUUCGCUAACGGCCCAGAGGACACGCCGGAGGAGAUCCUGGCUCGCAUCGGGAGCGGGAAGUUCUCCCUCACUGGAGGAUACUGGAACUCUGUCUCUGUUGAGGCCAAGGACCUGGUGUCCAAGAUGCUCCACGUCGACCCCCACCGGCGGCUGACGGCGGGUCAGGUCCUCCGACACCCUUGGGUGAUGCACCGGGACCAGCUGCCCAAAUACACCCUCAACAGACAGGACGCACCUCACCUGGUCAAGGGAGCGAUGGCCGCCACCUACUCGGCCCUCAACAGGAACGUGCCCCCGGUCCUGGAGCCGGUGGGCUGCUCCACGCUGGCCCAGCGGAGGGGUCUGAAGAAGAUCACCUCCACCGCCCUGUGACCUGUGACCUUUGACCUCCCGCCCCUCAACUCUCAACCUCUAUCUGACCUCCCUCCUCCUCCUCCCUCUGGUCCGGUCCAGAGGGGACAGACUACUGAUGGAACCGCUAACGCCAAAUAGGAACACAGAGAUUGCCCCCCCCCCCCCCUCCCCUUUACCCCGC